AUGUUUAGUGCCCCUGAUAUUCUGUUGUUCUGGUCAUGCAGGGCCACUUAUGACUAUGAAAAGAAAUUAUACAAUGACCACCUUGAGUCACUUCAGGUGAUGGAAAAGAACUAUGUUUCUAUGAGUAGGGAAGUGGAGAAGCUUCGAGCAGAGCUUACAAACACGGCUAACGCUGAUCGAAGUAGUGGGCCAUAUGGUGGCACCUCUGGAACUAAUAAUAAAGAGGCUUCUGGUCUUCCUGUGGGACAAAAUGCAUAUGAAGAUGGUUAUGCUGUUGCACAGGGACGUGGCUCUCUCCCUACUGCCACCAGUAGUGGUGGUGGCAAUGCUACUACAACUACUGCUGGAGUUCAACCUGGUCCAGCUUCUGCAGGGACUGGUUAUGAGGCUACCAGAGGAGGGCCUGGUUACAUUGCAUCUGCAGGGCCUACUUAUGGCACACAGAGUGGUUCCACUUACGACCCGCAAAGGUUGACUGGCUACGAUGCAUUUAGAGGUUCUACUUACGAUGCAACAAGAGGACAAAUGUUUGAUGCUCAGAGAACUGGUUAUGAUCCACAGAGAGGUUCAGGUUAUGAAGCACAAAGAGGACCUGCUUAUGAUCCAUCAAGAGCAGCUGGCUAUGAUGCACAAUCAAGAGGUGGUGCUGGUCCACAGGGACAAGUUCCACCUGUGAACAUGUCUUAUGGGUCUGCAACGCCACCUGCUCGUAAUGUAGGUGGUGGUGGAUACGAUGCUGCUCGAGGUGUAAACUCCGCCAGGAGAUGA